CCACUGCAGUUGCCAAAUCGUGAUUGGUUGUUGGUGUACUUUCAUUGUGGCGGUCUAUGAAUGUUUUCAAAUAUCGUCAAUUUCUAAACGAGGAAAAUCAUAUUUUCAUUCAGAAGAACGUUGUUAUGAUACCUAAAAUUGGACUGGUAAUAUCUGUAGGAACGUUCAGAAGGCUCACGGACCUGUAUACAGGGAAUUUGGGGCGUGUAGGAGCUCGCUUUAGAAAUGGCCGUUGCUUCAGUUGCUUGGGCUAGUGGAGCAGCUCGAACAACUGGCUUGGCAUAAGUUGUGUGCUGGUCGCAGCGAUUAUCGAGUGUAUUUGUAGAAAUCGUAGGUUCGUACUGUUUACGGUUGGUUGUCUCAUGAGUUUUUUAGUGGAUUAAUCAGUGAAAAAUAUGGUUAUCACCAAUGUUUAUAUGAUGUUUUUUCCAACUUAGAAGAUGGUACAAAACCUGGAUUAUUCCUGAAUAAAAGUUUUGAGAAGGACCGUUCCUUGAUCAUGGCUAAUCUUUGCAACAUGACUAGGAAAACGAGAACAAGACAAACAAGAAUACACGCAGCUCUACAAUCAGGUUACUGUGCUAUUUGCCAUAUACCUUACAACAGUUUAGACGACCAUAUUCAAUCCAAAAAACAUCUUAAGUUGAUUGGAGAAGAUGCGAAUUAUAUUUCAAUCAACGGCUUCAUCGAUCAAAAUAGUUUGGAGCCUUAUCUCAAUUUAAAUGGUAUAGAAUCUAUUGAUGUUAACGGUAGACAAAUUGAGAAAGAUUUCUGCCCGAGAACAACAAGGAUGAACAAGAAUAGAGGAAGGUCUAUGGAUCGGAUAGCAUCAUCUCCUAUCGAUUCUCCAAUGCAUCAUCAUUUACGGUCUAGAAAGCAGAUCAAUUAUGCCAUGAGUCCUUCCAUGGACGAAGAUAGUUUUAGUGAAAGACCUGAUUUGCUUGUCAGGCCAACGAAAGAAAGGAGAUCCCAAAGUAGGGUUACUGCAAAGAAAUCUCAAAAUAUACUAGAAGAACCUUCGAAUGCGGAGGUUUGGAAUUCAGGUCGACCCAAACGAAGAUCGUGCAUAAGAGCUAAAAGAGUUUCGGCCGAUGAAAGGCUAGUUGUUGAUAAUAAGACUUAUUACAAAGUGGAGGUUAUGACGAACAAACUAAGGUCUAGUUCGGCCACUAAGGAGCAUCAUGAGGUCAAACAGAGCCCGGAAUUGCAGGAGAACGAAAGAGAUGAAAAAGGAUUAAUUGUUAAAUUCAAAAAACUCAGAAAUUCAGAGAUAACUCUUCUGAACAAUGAAGCUGAGAAUUUUCUAUUCCCAAAAAAGGAUGACUCCAGUUCGUCUGAGGAAGAAGAAGAUGAAGAAGACGUGGAUGCUGAUGGUGCUAACACGACUUUAAGCAGUUGCGAAGAAAGGAACGAUAGUUAUUUACCUUCUAGCGAUAACGAAGAUGAUAAGGGCAAUGACGUUUUAACGGAGGAUGAAGCUUCGAUGGACAGUACAACUUCCAGCGGGAGGUCCAAAAAGAGGAGGAGAACACAGGCCGAAGCUUUCAUUAUGGACAAUCAGAAGUAUUACAAAUUUGAAACACCUGGAUCUAGGUUAAGGUAUCACGGAUCCUUCUUCUCCGAACCGAAUUUGAAGUCGCCUAAACGUAAUGGAGACAUGAACGUUAAGGAGGAAAAGAAGGAAGAAGAAGUGCCGAAGAAGACCAACAACGUGAAAAAAGUAGAUUUGGACAAUUACAAAUUUUCCUUCGAGAUGAUACCUACCGGUGAGAAAUGGUUCGAGCCUUUCAGAAGACAGGAUCUGGGCGAAGAAAGCUACAUGUAUCUUUCAGAUAUCGGUGCCGAAAAUCGCUUCAUCUUGCCCUAUCAAAUCGGCGCGAUCCCGGCCCUAGAUCCGAAAAUUUGCAUCGCCCAGUAUUCCCAAUUGAAGAAGAUGGCCCAAGAGAACAGUUCGAGGACCUCUUGCAGCACACCCGAUAGGAGCGAAACCAACUACUCUCCUUCCUUGGACAAUGAGCUUAUGGACGAAGACAGUAAAUCUAGCGAACCUGCCAACAGCAUUGACUUCUGUUCGGAGAACAGCAACUCGGAAGAAGUGAAAAGUACGGAGGAGAGAAGUCACAGGAAAAGAAAGUUGCAUGUGGGUAGAAAUCCUAGGAAAUCACCAAGACAACACGCUUCAACGUUAGCAAUACUAAGUAGUUUAAUACAGCAGAGAAAGAAGAAGACAAAAUUAAACGAACCAGCUGCCCUAAGCAAUCCGACUGUUCCUAAGUCGACUACCUUACCUACCAUUCCCGAAGAGGGUACAGUUCCUACAAAAGCGCCGCCAGUGGAUUACGAAGACAUCCUAGUCAGUAUGAAUCAAGAUUGGGAUUCCGACAAGUUGAGCUGCGACUUAGAGCCCUGCCCCGAAGACACCAUCGAAUUCUCUCAUCGACUAGGAAUCCUCGACGUACUGAAGAUAUACGACGACCUGAGGAAAAAGGACGACUACAAAAGUAACCGAAGGUUCAUAAGCGGCUCACCGGUGAACAAAAGUGGCCGUAGAAAAAAAAUCAACAAAACGGGUUGGCCGAAUAGAAAGAAAGGACUGACGAAAAAGGACGUGAACUUGAAGGAAGAGACCAGUUCCGUAGGAAGCGUAAACGAUUCCGAGGAAGAACAGAACGCGACUGAUUGUAAUAAGGAUGUAAAUAAAUUAGACGAUGUUGUGAACAGAAACUGUGAUUCGGGCAGGGCGGAAAGUAAUACGAAAACUCCCAAAGUGAAAAACAAGGUGAAAAUUAGUAGUGUUACUAAGAAUAUUAACUUGCAACCGUUCGUCAAAGUGAAAAAACUCGAUUCGAGAAAUAUUGUGAAUAGGGACGAUAAUGUUAGUUUGCCGGCCAAAAGGACUUACAAGAGACGGAUGCCGGCUUCUCCCAAGUCGCCUCGAAUGUUGAGGAAACCCAGAGGAAGGUGGUACAAGGAGAGAUAAAUGUAAAUAAUUUCCCCCUAAAGAAAUUCUGUUUAUAUUGUAAUUUAUUUGAAGUAUUAUUUAUGUGGAGUAUUUUGAAUUUUUCAUCAACUUAAUUUUGUUGAAAUCGCUAAUAGUUUUGGAAUUACUCUGUUGGAAACUAUCAUCAAUUCUGUAAAUAUGCUCAUGUGAAUUUUCCCAGUUGAAAAAUAUUGUUUUAUUCGAACUCUUAUUGAAAAUAUCGUUAAUUUGUGCCAUAUCCGAAAUUCAAUCUGUCAAUAAACUUUUCAGCAAUAGGGUUGAUGAAAUCGUACAGCUUUAAUGAACAAACUUUCCUGUGUAAUGCUGAAGGCUUUCACUGCCAGAAAGUUCAAUAUGUAAGGUUCCACAUUACAUGUUACGCCACUGUAGUUUUCCUCUUCAAGAGAAACCUCAGCCUGUAGCAAUAUCAAGAAUUUCCACUCCUGAGUGGCCCGAUGGUUCAUCGUAUGAGCAUUUUUCUGUUGUCUAUUUUACUGUUAAUAUAUUUGUUUUAUUGUUUCAUGUUUUUUUUCAUUAUCAAAUGAAAAAUAAAAAAAACAUGAAACAAUAAAACAAACAUAUUGGUAAAUAGGCCUUGUCACCAGUACUAUAUUAAUGGUCAG